AUGGUGAAGCCCUGUCUCUCGGUGAAACCUGUAUCGGCGUCUCUGGCUGCUGGCAGAACCCUGAACUGGCAGCAAGGACUGCCCAGUCAGCCACUCCCCCGUCUGCAGCAGACCUUUGAGCUCUACCUCAGCUAUCUGGAGCCCAUGAUGGAGGAGGACGAGCUGAAGCGCUUCAAAGAGCUGACGGAAGAGUUUCAGAAAGCAGGAGGGGUUGGAGAAAGACUGCAGAGAGGCCUGGAGAGGAAAGCAUGCAACACUGAGAACUGGCAACUUUUUGAGCAUGUUAAAGUCCUCAAAAAGGCAAUUAAUUUGCCUGAAAAAGAAAAAGAAAAAGAAGAAUUCCUACAGGAUCAAUGGGGCCUUCGCUGUUCCGACGUUGUCAGUGUUCAGGCCCUAAUAACCACAUCUUCUCUGUUCAUGUGUGCUGCCGAAUUAACAGCAUCUUUAUUGGAUGUAAAGACAAUGAUUGACAAUGAGACUCUACCAGUUGACUACUUGAGAGGGAAGCCGCUGUGUAUGAACCAGUACAAGCAGAUUAUGUCAUGCUGCGUCAUCCCUGGUCUGGAGACAGACUCAGUGGAGUACUACACCCACAAACACAUCACUGUAGUACACAACUGUCAGUUCUUUGUGCUGGAAGUGUACAACAAUGAUGGGACUCCACUGACAGUUGAUCAGCUGUGUGUUCAGCUGGAGAGGAUCUGCAAGUCUUCACUGCAGACAGACACGGAGCCUGUUGGCAUCCUCACCACCGGGGAUCGUGACACCUGGAGCAAAACCUACAUCAACCUCAUCAAGGAUAAGACCAACAAAGAGUCAUUGUCGGCUAUCCAAAGUAGCAUCUUCACAGUGUGUUUGGAUGGAGCGAUGCCUGUAGAUGAGAUAUAUGACAGGAGUGCAGGAGUCCAGGUCCUCUAUGGAGGAGGCAGCCAGUGGAACAGUGGAAACCGCUGGUUUGACAAGUGCCUGCAGUUAAUUAUUGGAGAAGACGGGACAUGUGGUGCAAACCUCACGCAUCACACUGCUGAUGGUACAACCAUGAUGUCUUUGCUCGGCCAUACUUUAGCAGGCAUGAAAAAGCCACAGCUGACUCAGUCUCCCAUGGAGCCUUUGCCCGUUCCCAAGAAACUACACUUCAACAUCACCCCUGACAUCAAGAAGGACCUUGAGGAGGCUAAGCUACACAUGGACAAACUGGCCCGAGACACAGAUCUGGUUGUUAGGAUAUUUGACCACUUUGGGAAAAACGUCCUCAAGGCCCACAAGAUGAGCCCUGAUGCUUUCAUACAGAUGGCGCUCCAGCUGGCCUACUACAGGAUGCACCAGCGGUUCACUGUACUGGAGGAACCUGUCUCCCUGCGAAUGUUCAGACUGGGCCGUAUAUGUAAUGUCAAUACAAACUUGCCUGCUGCAGUCACCUUCGUCAAGGCCUUCGAUGACCCCCAAAAAGAGAACUCAGAGAAAGUUGAUUUAUUGGAGAAAGCUCUGAAGGCACACACUCGGGACAUUGUCAUGGUAACGUCCAAGAAUGGGAUUCAGUCGAUUAUUGGCCCUCCUAAAAGAGGAGCGAUGAAUAUGUCCUACAGUAUUAUGGAUGAUCACAUUAAGCUCUGUUGGGUCACUGUGGAUACCUCUAACAACUGCACAGAAGUUAAAGCAGGUUCAAUGAUCCAAGCUCUGGAGGAUGCACUGUUGGACAUGAGGACCCUGAUCCAACAAACUUCAAGACCUGAAUUGUGA